UCCGAUCCAAAUUCCUCCAGCUCACUGCCCACACACACACUGUCACUCACUCCCUGCCAGUGCCUCGGGCCUGCAAGCUAGCUGAUCUCGCCUCGCAUUGUCUUCUUCCUCCUCCUCCUCUGUCCCAAGCAGCAAGGCAGCAGCAGACAUUGCCGUUCACACUUCACAAUGCCGCUCCUCUUCUUCUUCCUGCUCCUGCUCCUUCUCCCCGCGGCGCCCGAGGCGACAUCGUCGGCGCUGCUGGGCAUCAACUACGGCCGUGUGGGCAACAACCUGCCCCCAACCUCCGCCGCCCUGCAGCUCCUGACAACCCUCGGCGUGGGCCGCGUCCGGCUCUACGACGCGGACCCGGCCACCCUCCGCGCCUUCGCCAACACGGGCAUCGAGCUCAUCGUGGGCGUGCCCGACGAGUGCCUCGCCGCAGUCUCCACGCCCUCCGGCGCGUCCUCCUGGGUCCGCUCCCACAUCCAGCCGGCCUUGCCCGCCACAAAGAUCUCCCUCCUCACCGUCGGCAACGAGAUCCUCACGGGCGCCAACAGCUCCUCCCUCUCCCGCUACCUCCUCCCCGCCAUGGGCUGCGUCCACGACGCGCUGGCCGGGCUGGGCCUCGACAAGCAGAUCGCCGUCACCACGGCCCACAACCUCGGCGUCCUCGCCGUCUCCUACCCGCCCUCCGCCGCCGUCUUCCGCAAGGAACUCCUGCCAGUCCUCUGCCCGAUCCUCGACUUCCACGCCCGCACGGGCUCCCCGUUCCUCGUCAACGCGUACCCGUACUUCGCCUACGCCGGGGACCCCAAGGGGGUAGAGCUCGAGUACGCGCUGCUUGAGCCCGGCCAUGGCGGGGUGCCGGACCCGACCUCCGGGCUGCACUACCCCAACAUGCUCGUGGCCCAGGUGGAUGCCGCGUACCACGCCGUGGCGUCCGCCAACGGCGCCGCGGCACGGGCAGGGGUGGAGGUGCGCGUGUCGGAGACCGGGUGGCCGUCCGCCGGCGACGGCAACGAGACCGGCGCCACGCCGCAGAACGCCGCAAGGUACAAUGGCAAUGUCAUGCGGCUGGUCUCUGAAGGGAAGGGGACGCCGCUCAGGCCGUCCGGGCCGCUCAGGGUUUACAUGUUUGCGCUCUUCAAUGAGAACAUGAAGCCCGGGCCUUCGUCUGAGCGGAACUAUGGGCUAUUCAAGCCUGAUGGCACGCCGGCGUACGAGCUCUCCUACCGCCUGCCCAAGGAUAACUCCACCACCUCUGGUGGUACCGGUGGCGGCAUUAGCGGCGGCGGCGGGUACAAUGGCCACGGCGACGGGUCGAGUGACAGCGGCUACUACAGCAUCUCGGCGUCGGGGAAGGCCCCCGUGGGUUGGUGGGGAUGGACACCGCAAGCAGCUGUGGCUGCAUGUGUGGCUGUCCUCGUGAUGGCAUUGUGAUUGGGAGCAGAUUCAACUUUCAAGUGAGGCUUGGAUGGAAGGGCGUGUGGACUGAAGGAAGCCUCUGGUUUCUAAUGGAGUCAGAGGUGCGUGCACAGGGUGAAUUCCAUUUUGCUGCUGAUGUCCUGGAGAAAAGCAUUGAUGAUGGUGUCCUAAGUGUCAUUCCAUGUUGUUUUAAUUGGUGUGGUAAUUAAGCUAAUGGGGUAGUCACUAGUCAGUGUCACUAAACCGGAUGCUGUUUUCCGUUUUGGUUUUAUCUCUUGAACUUUGAUAUUAAAUAUAUUUUUGAAGAAUAAUAGUAGCACGUAGUUAUAUACCUAUAUCCAGUGGCAAUAGUUGGGACAUCAACAGAGCAAUACAGUUAUUCCUGGGGU